AUGGUGUUGAUGUUCGAAGUUGGUAUUGAUGCUUGGUGUCUGUAUGCAUGUGAUUGGCGCGAACGUCAGCUACGUCACUCAAUUUUCACAGCAGGUAGGCGCGUCCUAUCCUGGGUCAGAUCAGUUCCUUGUGCAUCGGUCCCCAAUCAUACCCAACCGCUGCAUCACCACAGCGUCAAGUCUGACGGCACCAUGUCUUUCGUGGUUGACCAGAUUCGACGCAUCGACGGCGCUCUGGACCGGCUGCAACUGUCGUCCACACGUGCUGGCGAAAGCUUCUCGACCCUGAGUGCCGCAGAGGCUCACGACCCAGAUAAGACGGCACGCAUUGCUCACCUGCAGAACCUCAUCAAGAGCCUGUCGACUACGGCAAGCGCCAAGUCGUCCCUCGUCCCGGGCGACAGGAUUGUGGAGACGCUCAAUCGCGCAAACUUCUCAAGCAGCUGCACCACCUGUGCGCAAUGGUUCGCGCAGGACGACGACAGCAACGGCAGCAACGGCAGUAGCGGCAAUGAUGCUUUAGGCAAUGACGCGAGCUACGAACACGAGCUCGAGUGGCUGCUGCUCAGCAAAGCUACUACACAGGCGUACGGCGAGGUCCUCAACACGAUUCUUGAGCAAACAAUACCGCUCGAAGACGACAUCUGGUACUGGGACGACAGUCUUUCGACCUACCGCUUCGCUGGCCUCUACUCGAUACAGACGUCACCGCUCCGGUUGUGGAAAUGGUCUCAGGAGAUAUAUCACGAUGUGAGGUCGAAAGGCGGGCAGACGGCGGACGGGUGGAGGCAGUUCUACGGCCUGGUCAAGCAGUCUGUGCAGGAGCGCAGUGUGGCCAACAUACAACGACGCGUAAUCAGUCCGCUGGCGUUGAUAAGAAACGAAGGCAGGAGAAAGCGUGCGGCACUGAAGAAGAUACGAUUGAUCAAUGCAAACGCGCUGGGUGUGCUACUGGGUGAGGGCCUGAGCAACGAGAACAUCCACGAUGAAGGCCUGCACUCGCCACACCCGUUCGGCACACAAGACAACAAGCACAAAUGGAAGGCUGUAGUCUCCAAGAGUAUCGCCUUGAUGGACGCCGUGAUCCAGACGGUCAGCACAGCUGAGAUUUCUGUCGAUAAGUUCGACGAGUCUGUCGCCGGCAUCACCCAAGAAGACCAAUAUUAUGAACUGCACGAAGCCUCUGCCGGCCAGGCUGCUACAACACUAAAGCCGGCAGAUGUCGCAGACCGUCUGCGCUACCUGCUUCGACAUGCCCUGCCCACGUACAAAUCAAGCUUCAACGCUGUCGUGAAGGACAAUGGGCGACCAUGUCGCCUUGUUCGAUACUGGCUUCCCGCCACUGUCUUCCUCCUGUCUUCCACUACGCUGCUUCGUAUCGUCGUUCACCGCCAAGAAGAGAUCAAGACGUGGAUUCGCGAGUUGGGUCAGACGGUCAUUGACUUCUGGACCAACUGGGUGGUGGAGCCUACGAAGAAAGUCAUAGGCACAAUUCGCCACGAUGAGGAUAGCGAGGUCUCGAUCAUGAGCAAGCGCAGCCUAGAGUCUGACCGUGCAAGCCUGGAGCGUAUGGUGGUUGACUUUGCAGUCAAGAACCCAGAUGGCCCAGCUUUGAAUGAGUCGCAGAUUGCGGACAUCCGAGCCAAGGUCAGGGAGGGCGAUCUUACCACGGUGCUCAAGUCAUACGAAAAGGACAUUCAGAGCCCAGUCAAGGGAGCCAUUGUGGGCAACCUCGCAAGCGCGCUCUUGAUCCAGGUACAGAAGACCAAGGUGGACGUGGAGCUUGCCAUGAGUGGCAUCGACAGCAUCCUCAAGAGCCAGGAGCUUCUCUUCGGCUUCAUUGGCCUUACGCCCGGGGUGCUGGUCUCUAUUGGCGUGUACCGGUGGCUCAGGGGGGUCUUCAGCAGUCGAAAGGGUGUCCAGCAGUGGGCCAAGCAGGGUCAGCUGUUGCUCAUCCUCCGAAACACGGAUCGCAUCUUGACCGCCGCCAGGCCCACCGAGUUUGGAGAGAUGUCGUACCAAGACCAUGGAUUGCUGCUCUGCGAGGUGCACCUCCUGCGACAAGCUGCCAGCGGCGUUCUGCCCAGGCGCAUUUUCCACGAGUUCUUGGUCGAGAUUGACGAGUUGGUCGACGUGCGGAGCGGGCUGGAAAGGCAACAGAAGGUGGUGGAGCGGAUUCGCUGGGCGUACUCCAAGUGGUUCACAUGA